CAUCCACCAUCAAAACAAAAAUAAAAGAGGAAAAACAAGGAAGUGAACGGUCACGUAACUCUGAGCAGUUAUCUCCGUUUUUAGUAUUCACACGGUCCUGGUUGAAAAUACUUUUAACUUCAUAAUCACCGUCUUCGACGCAGAGAACGACACACCAUUUCAGGACAAUGAACAACAAAGGUUCCUAUCCCCAGCAAGCUGUGUACCCUCAGCAGAGCAGUGCACCAAUCUACCCCCCUGCUAUGCAAGUGUCUCCCCAGGCACCCCCUUACUCAGACGCACCACCUGCAUACUCUGAGAUUUACCAGCCCAGGUAUGUGCACCCAUCUCAGGCUGGCCAGCUACAGCAGAUGUCCCAGUACCCUGGCACCCAGAUGUACAUGCAGCUGCCCCAGUCUAUGGCUGUUGGACCCAUGGCCCCCAACGUCCCCAUGGCCUACUACCCCAUGGGACCCAUGUACCCUCCUGGCUCCACUGUGCUAGUGGAGGGGGGAUAUGAUGCUGGUGCUCGCUUUGGGCAGAGUAACGGUGGUUCCAUCCCGCCCCCACCUCCAGGCCACAUGCCUAAUGCAGCCCAGCUGGCUGCCAUGCAGGGUGCCAACGUCAUGAUGACACAACGCAAGAACAACUUCUUUUUGGGCAGCUCCAAUGGUGGAUACACCAUCUGGUAACAGCCAGUGCUUUCCACAACCUCUCCCCCAUACUUGUCUCCCUCAUUCAACAUGUUGACCCCCUCUCCUGUCCCACCUGGCAACCCAUUUCGGGCCUCUAAGCCAUGCCACAGUACUGACAUCACCCAUUGGAAUGUAAUACUUUAGAGCCCAGAUAAAAGGUACAGUACUCCAGUCAGAGCAGCCUCAAUUACGGAUUAAUAAUUUGGGCUGCUGAACCGGUUCCCCCGAACAUACAAGGAUAGUGCUGCUGUCUUCAGUCGACGCAUUUCAAAGUGUUAUUGUUUUUAUGUUUUGAGUGGAUGACAUUGAUCUUAACUCUUAACACUAUUGCCAUUUUGUACUUUAUAACUUGUUUUUCAUAUUUAUAAGACUCAGACUAGACCUCAUGUCUUCCUCGCAAAAAGGGCGCUACCCUAAGUAGUACGUCACAUAUAUUUCCCUUUUGAGUUUUUUAUUUUUUAUUGCUGUUUAUGGCAAGUUACAGUAUAGGCCAAAGGCUGACCACUGGAUUAAACUGAAUUUGAAAAAAUAUCUCAAGAUAUCAGUGUGCUGUAGUAUAAUAGAAUACUAGUGUGUUAAACAAGAACCACAACAGACAAGAAUGGAUUCCAAAUUAUUGAUUAUUACAUGCCAUGGUGGUUUACUGUACCUUCUUCAGUUUCUUGGGCAACCAUAGAUGAACAUAAUCAGGUGCAGAAGAGCACAAUGACCUGAAAAAUCUGCUGAAAAUACAAAUUUGAAUCAUCGAAAGGGUUGGUUGGCUUAAUUUCUGUAGUUUGUCCCCACCCCCCAAGUCGGAUACCCAGAGUUGUACGUCAUUUCAGUGUUUGGUUUUCUGUUAGGUAAAACAAGGGCACCCGUCUGUUCUUAAACACUAACUCGCACUGUCAUGUAAGAUAAAAUCAUCUAAGAUCAGGGGGUUAAGAAUUUAACACUUUACUUUAACACGUUGUUAUAAGGACUACAGUGUAAAUGCUGCCUUUAGAACGGUUCAGUGGAAAUGUAACCAGUUUUUCUUUUCAGUAUUUAUCACUUUCAAGCACAUAAUGAGUUAAUUUGUCAGUAUAACCAAGGAGCUGGUUGUACCAAAGAUAUGGUCUAGAAUGCACUACUAAAUGUUUGGUUUUGACUUAAUUCUAAUUAUAGUAGUUCAAAUAUGGCACAUUUAAAAGGCAAACAUAUCAGAUUUAUGGAGCAGUGAUGAGUCUGUUAAGAUCUUUGAUCGGGCAUUGCUGUUCUUGUUUUGUAAUUGGGUGCUUAAACGUUUGUCAUUGUGACUAGGUGGUUUUGCAUGCCUCUUUGCACUUUUGCUUUGUACAAUUUAGAUAUUUGUAAAGAUGUCAUUGCAAAUUUUUAUAUAAAUACCACAAGCAUUCAUUCAUGUGCACUGCUGGAAAUGAUAGAUUUUGCUACUUCUUUUAGUACAGAAGCUAAUAACCUGCAGCACUAGGCAUAGGCUACUCUGUCCUGUGCAACAUAAUCUUUUUAAGGAAUUAUAUUGAUGUACAGUAAUGUCCCUCCAGAAGGUAUGAGGGGUUCCUAAAUGUUUUAGGACUGCAUCAAAUCACAUGCGUAUUGUUCCACUUGCCUGAUUUUUAGUAGUAUUAAGCCACAACAUUAUUUAUAAAAAUUUUCUUGUUAAUAAAAAUAAAUAUGCAUUAAAGCAGCAGCGCAUAAACUGUUUAACUACCAUGUAACUUUAAGUAAUAAAUUCAGUAUCUAACAUUAGGUUUGAUCUAGAUUGAGACCAUGUCUGUACUUGAUUUAUUUUGGUUUAAACAUUUUAAUGUGAUUCCUUGCUGUACUUAAAUCGUGACAUCUUGUAUGUUUUGACAGAAUUCUGUCGCUGGGUAUCCGACAUAACCUAGAUUUGAUAGUUGUGGCCCUCAUGAAAACAGGAUUACUCACUGAAAUAUGAAUUCUAGGUUACUCUGUUCAGUUGACCAACUGUCUGGAAACCUGCUGGCCUAGCAUGCAACCUGUUUGCACAUAAUCUAAGAUCAGACUGCAUCUGCUUUUGAUAACUCUGAUCACAUGACCAGCUACCAUUUCAAACAUCACUGUCGUGUCACUCAUAUAUUUUGCACGGCUGUAAAUGUGUAUACCAUUCCCAAACAAACACGUCAUAACGUUUUAAAAGGGGUCACAGCUUUCAAAAUUGGUUGAAAUGCAUCACUUUUUUUUUUUUUUGUUGUGUCCCAAUAUUGUGUUUGUAAUGCAGCAACAUAAUAGUGGCUUAGACCCAGCAAUAUUAUGUACUGUAGUGCUUACCAGUAGAUGCCAUGCCAACCACACCCCGUGUGGAGUAACUGUUUUUGUUGAAGGAUUUAUGGACAAUUAUAGUUCAGGGAUUCUUUUCUUUAAACAUUUUAUAAUAUGGAUAUAUGUAUUAAAGUGAUUUGAUGGACUGGUA